AUGUCUCCUGCUGCUACUACUACUACUGCUCCCACUGAAAAGGCUACCUUUGGCGCUGGCUGUUUCUGGGGUACUGAACACAUUUUCAACAAGCAUUUCAAGAAUGCUGGUAUCAUUAGCACCAAGGUAGGAUUUAUGGGUGGCGAAUUGGAUAAUCCCAGCUACAAGCAAGUAAAGACUGGUACUACAAACCAUGCCGAAGUCUGCGAAAUCAUUUUUGAUCCCACUCAAGUCUCCUUUGAAAGAUUGGUUGAUUUCUUUUACAGUAUGCAUGAUCCCACUACGCUGAAUGAACAAGGACCUGAAGAUAUCGGUACUCAAUACCGUUCAGCAAUCUUUUAUCACAGCGAUGAGCAAAAGGCAAUUGCUGAGCGAGUGACCAAACAAGUGCAAGAGAAGCAUUUACCCAACACACCUAUUGUAACAACACUCGAGCCUGCCACCACCUUCUUUGAUGCUGAGGAUUACCAUCAAUUUUACUUGGAGAACAACCCUGAUGGCUACGCUUGUCCUACUCACUACCUUCGUUGGUAA